AUGUUAUCUGGGUCAUGGGAGCGGUCUCUUAUGAGCGUCAACUGUACUACGCGAGCGCUCUACCUCCACGAGGAGUCUUCAGUUCGCCGUCUCCGCGUCGUCCUUAUUUAUUCGGAGCCAUUUGCGAACGUACCUCCGCUGAACAAUACCACUGACUUAUCUGCUCAGAUCUGGCAUUGCACAAAAGAGCUGACUAUAGAUCUGGUCAACUCGGAUGUAAUUGACUCAAUUCAAUCUAAUUGCCUUCUCAAUUUUCAAAAAGGCUCGUGGUGGCACUGUUUCAUCUCGCUUUGGCUGUGCUGCUUCUCUCCGCUGAAGACGGGUCGAAUCAGAGGAACUCUUGUCAAGCUUGGGAUUCCAAGCACCAUUUUUCGCUUCCCGAUCAGUGCUGAGGCUUACGAUUCAGGCCAAGCGGAAGUUUCGCGUCAUGUUCCUGUGGUCCGAUGUCAACCUCGAGAAGAGGUUUUAUCAAUGCGUUUUGCUUCCUACGCUGGAGAUGCUUGGUUCUCAUCUAUUGAAGUCAUUCUGUCUGCUUGCGCGAAUGAUGCUUUCCCACGUAAAGUCACACCUGACUCAUCUGCGAACUCACCUGCGAAAGACUCAUAUACAAUCCCACAAAUUGACGCCGAAGACUUCUCAGGUUCUGCGGGUUCUGGCGACUAUUGGCACAUUCCUCUGACAUUCGGUUGCCGAGGAUAUUCCGAAGAUCCGGUCGUACACGUGUUCUUACAGCGCUUAUUUGAUUAUGGGAGGCACUAG